AUGGAAACAGCUGAGCCAGUGUCAUUUGAAUUCGCUGGCCAUGCAGUCGGUUCAAUGGCACCUCGCCGGAUGAUGAAUUCCAACCUGGGACCCAAUUUCUCCUUCUACAACAACCCAGUCACGUCGUUUCCUUUGCCAUACCAUCAGUCGUCCUCCACGACAUAUGGUUUCGGUCACUCACUCAAUCAGCAACCCCAGCAGCACCCCGGAUACCAACACUAUUACCUCACCGGCCAUCCACCGCUGAAUUCUCAACCCAUGCGUUUGUCAUCUGAGCCACCACCCUUUCAGCAAAUCCCCGAAAUCCGUCCAGCCAAGAACGCCAUCAGUCGUGUUAUAAGAGAUGCGGUACCUAGACCUGAACAGAAUACCCCGCCUUCGCCACUUGCAGCAUCUCAAGUGUCUGCUAGUGAGACUGUGCGGGUGAAAAAUCCUACGCCGACGGAGAUCGAAUUCUCAACCGAGGUGGAUAUCUUGAUGAAAGCAAUCCAAGCAAAGGCCGUGGCUCCCCAGUCCAGUCUGCAAUCGUUGCCUUCACUCCAACAGUUGACCCACGGCAGUAGAACCAGCUUCCCCCAGGCCUUUGCCAUGGCGUCUUCCACUGUUCGCAGCAACGUGGUCGUCGAAGAGCUCACGUCUCGGCCAGGGAAGAAACGAAAAUAUACGUGCAGAUUACCAAAUUGCGGAAAGAGCUUCGCCCAAAAGACUCACCUGGAUAUUCACACGAGGGCCCAUACUGGGGACAAACCUUUCAUAUGCAAGGAGCCUUCCUGUGGGCAACGGUUUUCCCAACUAGGCAAUCUCAAAACUCAUCAACGACGCCACACGGGCGAAAAGCCUUUCCAGUGUGACAUUUGCCAGAAGAGAUUUGCCCAGAGAGGCAAUGUCCGUGCCCACAAAAUUACCCAUCAGCAUGCCAAGCCCUUCACAUGUCUGCUUGAUGACUGUGGGAAACAGUUUACCCAGCUUGGUAAUCUCAAGGUCUACCAGUCUCAUCAGAACAAGUUCCAUGCCUCCACGCUACGGAACCUGACACUCAAGUUCUCUCAAAUGCCAGAGGGACUGCAUAUGAGUCCUCAGGAUCGUGAACUUUGGGAGUACUUCGCUACACUCUAUAAGAACAGCAACAAAGGUAUAAAGGGCCGUGGCAAGGAUCGCAGGAUUUCCCCCACUGCUAAAUCGGAUACCGGAUCCGCCUUACGCGCAAGAACCCAGUCCCUCGACAGUGAUGAGGACAUAAAAGCGUUGCAGGGAAGCCGCGAGAGUUCUUCAGCCUACACUGGGAAUUCCAGCAGUGAAGAGGAUGACGGAGAAUCCUACUAUAUAGGCAGAAGGGGCCAUUAA